UUUUAUUCUUGCACUUUGGAACGAUUUUGAGAAACAGCGAGACAACAUUCGUGCAGUAACUAUCUCAAAUAAUAAAAAAAGAAAUCUUCGAAAGCAUAUAAUAAAAGAAGAAUUGGUUAUAGCUACCUUAAAUGAAGCUUCUUACGAAACGGACCAAGCAAUUUUGAAUACUUUGGAUAUUUUGUCUCAUCAUGUUCAAAAUUAUGUUAAUGGUUUAUUUUUUGACGUUAAAGAAAUUGGAAAAUCUGGUGAUGAUUCUAUGGAAUUUAGUGAAGGUUUGAACAAAAGUAGAAGUGGUGGUGGACGUAUGAAACAAAGUACUUCUGGAUUAAGAUGAUUAUUUUUAUUUUUUUAUUUAAAUUUUUAAUGUAAAAAAAAUUUUUUUAAAGAAUUUUAGAAAAGUUUUUUGUUCAAAAACUCAAUGAAAUAUUUUUCUAUAUUUUCGUUUAAUCCGCUUUUUUAGUUUUCAGAUUAAAAAAAUUUGUUUUUAAAUGGGAAACCAAACAGAAAUUAAAGAAAGUCCAAGUAGUGAAAUUCGCCCAAAACUCGAGCAAAUUCAACGCCGUUCAACUCGUAAACGAUCAGCACCAAAAUAUGAACAAGUUGACGAAAUGGAGGAUAUUGUUGUGGAUGAUGUUGUAGAUCCAGUUGUAAUACCUAAAGUUGCUGUAACUGAUCAAGAAGAGGAUGAGGUUGAAUUUACUCGAGGAUUUACUAACAAGGGAUCUAUUUGUAUUUGGUACAACGGUUAG